CUAACAUAGAAAAAGAAACUCGCACCGACUACAAUGUAAUUUCAUAGAUGGCUGUGGGAAGAUCUUAAAAGGUGGUGCCUUCUACCAAAGAGCUAAAUAUACACAAUCGAUGUGAACAUGAAGCAUCAGGAGGUGCCAGUGAUGAAAGACCGGCGCUUUGGGCAACUGCUGAAAGUUGGGACGUGGAUGUGAGUUAUGAUGCCCCCUCUCCACGUGCCUCCAGCCUUGAGAACAUGACAACAGUGCAAAAUGGCUUUGGGAAUAGCCCUGCUACGGCCUGUGUAGUUAUGGAACCAACCGAGACCAGAACGAUCAUUAAUUCUUCCUGUCAGAAUGGGGUCUGCAAGAGCAGUAACAACAGUGAUUCAGAAGCCCAGGAAGACAAACUCAGCCCUUCCAAACUCAUGCGCCUUUUCUCUGCCACUAGGAAGAGGAGUGGCUGCACUGCAGAAAGGCCCCGCUCGAUGAUUCUGAUGGGCAAUUCCUCUACCUGGAAUGCUCUGUCUUCCUUUAGGAAAAUGGGAUCAUUUAAAAAACUGAAGUCCUCCGUUCUUCAAGGAAUUCAGGGUCGGGAGGACCCAGAUGUCUUAAAUGAAGAUGCUUCUGAAAAUGACUUGGGAAAACCCAUUCCCAAUGGUUCUGUGACAGGAGUCCAAACUAACAGGUAUUCUUAUGCAGGGCAGUUGAAUGAUUUCCAUAAGGCAGUGGAUGGGGGGGUAUCCGAUUGCUCUGACCCAGAAGAAAAUGACGAUGUCUUCCUGAGGAAUACUCACAGGUCAAGGAGCAUCAGGAGAGCCUAUGGCAUGGGCCGCAUUAACUUGCUGGACUCUGAGAAGCAUUCUGGCCCACAGCACUGUGCUAGGCCUCUGUCACCCAUCAUGCAGGAGCCCAAAAUCUGUGAAAUUCUGGUGAAAAACUCUGAAAAUAACCGUAUUAUCUACAGGAGAAGUAAGAGUACCGAUAACUUAAACUUCCUGAGGAAAAGUUCUUUCAAGCGGAAGUCCACCUCAAACCUCACCGACCUCAAAGUGACCAAUGAGAAACAUGAAAUUCAAAGGACGCUAAGUUCUCCCGCUGACUCUGAUAAAACCAGUGGGUUGGAGAGGAGGUCGAAACGCUGGAAGAGUCCCAUAAGAGCCAAGGAUUUUGAUCGAGUUUUGAAACUUGUGAGUAACGUUGCCGAUGCUGCUUGGAAGAGAGAGACUCCUAAGAAUGGGACGCCGUCCCCGAGUGAGCCAAACCAAAGAAUACAGCUCAACAGCCAACUACAUGAUGACUACUCCCGCCGUGUUUCUACUAAUACGGAACAGGAUCAGAAGAGGUGUACAUCCCCAGUAUGCAAUGUCGAGUCUUCCUUUACAGCAAUUCCUAGCCUCAGUCCAACUAUUUCUCAGGGCACUGAUACAGAUAGUGAAGCAAAGGUGUUUCCUCUCAAAGCCAGCCCCCCUCAGACAUCAAGAUGUGUCCAUCAGUCUGCUGACAGAUCCUCAUCGAGCCCCACCGCCCUGAAAGCAUUUAUCAAAGACUCUGAUAAACCAAAAAAUACCAGCCAGUUUACGUGUGAAUUGGAGCACCCUAGCACACCUCCUCGGCCUACUGCCCCCAAACCUCAGAGCCCUGUUUCAGAAAAUGCCAAGUACAAUAUUAAUUUCCGUUGUCCAAACACUCAUAGCACAUUGUCUCUGAGCUCAAUGGAAAGUGAAGAAAGAGCAGAGGUGCCUGCCCUGAAGGGGAGAAGUCCAGUUUCCUUCCAGGAGUCGGUGAAAACAGUGUAUUAUGAUGAUGGUAAUGAAGAUAGUGGCAUCAGCAGCCACUCACAGCUGAGCCUCAACUUAGCCACUGGUCCAGAGGAGAGGAAGGAAGAGGUUGUUACUGAUGAACAGUGGAGGAAGUCUUCCUCUCAGGAUGAAGAAAAGACCGAGCCACAAAGAGUCACAAGAAGGAGAUGGGGUUCUGGAAAAAGAUCUCGACCUAGGCCUCUCUCUGAUUAUAGUCAGUUGACAAGCAGAAGCUUCUCCAUUCCUGAAGACUCGGUUGCCAUGGAAACCCAGAAACUGGACUGUGUGGAUGGAGGAAACCAGCAGAGUGUGGCCUCCUCUGACACCUCUGACCAAAAUGUUUCUUUGGAUUACCCAAGAGGAUGCCGAAAAAGAAGACCCAUCUCUGUGAUAGGUGGGGUCAGCUUCUAUGGGAACAACCAGACGGAAGAAAUAGAAAAUCUUCUGACCCAACCAGUAGUGAGGCCUCCAGUUCCAGCUCAUCAAGUGCCACCAUACAAAGCUGUUUCUGCCCGGUUCCGGCCAUUCACAUUUUCCCAAAGCACACCCAUUGGACUGGACCGAGUUGGACGUAGACGGCAGAUGAGAGCAUCUAACAUUUCCACAGAUGGAGCUACAGAGUCGUCUGCCUUAGUUGAUGACAAUGGAAGUGAAGAAGAUUACAGUUACGAAGAGCUCUGUCAAGCCAGCCCUAGAUACUUACAGCCUGGGGGAGAACAGCUAGCCAUCAAUGAGCUGAUCAGUGAUGGCAACGUGGUCUGUGCAGAAGCUCUGUGGGAUCAUGUGACCAUGGAUGAUCAGGAGCUUGGCUUCAAAGCUGGAGAUGUCAUCCAAGUAUUGGAGGCCUCUAAUAAGGACUGGUGGUGGGGCAGGAAUGAGGAUAAGGAAGCCUGGUUUCCUGCUAGCUUUGUCCGGUUACGAGUCAAUCAGGAAGAAAUCUCAGAGAAUUCCAGCAGUACUCAAGGCGAAGGGCAAGAUUCAGAUGCUGGGAAGCACCGUCAGAAACACUCAGAAAAUAAAGACCAGAUGAGGACCAAUGUUAUACAAGAAAUCAUGAACACUGAACGAGUCUAUAUCAAGCAUCUCAAAGACAUCUGUGAGGGCUAUAUUCGGCAGUGUCGCAAACAUACAGGAAUGUUCACUGUUGCACAAUUGGGUACCAUUUUCGGAAACAUUGAAGAGAUUUACAAAUUCCAAAGGAAGUUCUUGAAAGAUCUUGAGAAGCAAUACAAUAAAGAAGAACCUCAUCUGAGUGAAAUAGGAUCCUGUUUUCUUCAACAUCAAGAAGGCUUUUCCAUUUAUUCUGAAUACUGUAACAACCAUCCUGGGGCCUGCCUGGAGCUUUCUAACUUGAUGAAGCAGGGCAAAUACAGGCAUUUCUUUGAAGCCUGCCGCCUGCUUCAGCAGAUGAUUGACAUAGCCAUCGAUGGGUUUCUCCUUACUCCUGUUCAGAAGAUUUGCAAAUACCCUCUGCAGCUAGCCGAGUUACUGAAGUACACCACUCAAGAGCACAGUGAUUACAACAAUAUAAAGGCAGCAUAUGAGACCAUGAAGAAUGUAGCAUGCUUAAUCAACGAGCGUAAACGCAAAUUAGAGAGUAUAGACAAGAUAGCACGCUGGCAAGUGUCCAUUGUGGGCUGGGAGGGGCUCAAUAUUUUAGACCGCAGUUCCGAACUGAUCCAUUCAGGAGAACUGACCAGAAUCACAAAACAAGGAAAGAGCCAGCAGAGGACUUUCUUCCUCUUUGACCACCAGCUUGUGUUCUGCAAGAAGGACCUUCUCAGGCGCGACAUGUUAUACUACAAAGGCCGAAUGGAUAUGGAUGAAAUGGAGCUGAUGGACAUAGAGGAUGGGCGGGACAAGGACUAUAAUAUCAAUGUAAAGAAUGCCUUCAAAAUCAUCAAUAAAUCAACAGAAGAGGUGUAUUUGUUUUGUGCCAAAAAGCAAGAGGAUAAAGGCAGGUGGCUGCAAGCGUGUGCUGAUGAGCGGAGAAGAGUACAGGAAGACAAAGAAAUGGGAAUGGAAAUAUCAGAAUCUCAGAAGAAACUUGCUAUGUUAAAUGCUCAAAAACCAGGCCAUGGAAAGUCAAAAGGUUAUAAUGGGUGUUCGGUGCCUCCCCCGCAUCAAAGCUUACAUCCUAUCCACCAACGCCACAUCACUGUGCCCACCAGCAUUCCUCAACAACAAGUUUUUGCCCUGGCAGAACCUAAGAGAAAGCCGUCUCUUUUUUGGCACACCUUCAAUAAACUCACCCCAUUCAAGAAAUGAAAAAAAAUCAUCCCCCUGCUGGCAGGGGCUCUGUGUAGAGAAGAGACAUGGUCUUUCUUUUCCUCUGUUUGAAAUCCCUCUUGGACCCUGUGCUGAAGAUCAUCUUUGCUGGGGAUCAAUGAAGGAGACAGGAUUUCAGCUCACCUUCUGCCAGGAACUUCUUGGAGGAUAGAAGGUCAUGAUGCACAGUCAUAAGACAGCCUAGCACAAUGCUUGCAUUAUAGGCACUUAAUAAUGAUUUGUUGAAUUGAAACUCUCCAUAUUCUUUCUGCUCUGAAUUGACCAGAGACUUGGAGGUCUGUGACAUGCUCUAAAGCAAGUGGUGAUUGUACCGAACAAGCAUUGCUAAUGAUGAGCGUGUUCGUUGGUGACCAGGGAAAUUACCACAAUUUCAAAGGCGAAGAUCCAAGGACUUGUUUUUUCAGCUCAUCCCAAGGCAUGACUAGCUUUGGAGGAUCACUGUUACAUUCCCAGUGCCAUGCAUGGUUUUGAGGGAAAUCAUCUAUAGAACUGAAAUAUUUCUUCUUCUUGUCAUAUAUUCAGUGGGAGCUUAGAGAAGCUUUUGCUUUCCACCAAAGCAUUUGUCAACCUCAUUUCACCCAUUCACAGUUGCAGAAGAAGGCCGAGGACCUUCCUGUUCAUUUCUGUACUUCCCAAUGUUUCCCAAAUGGUAGUGGGAAAUGGUGCACAGCCUCAUUCUCUUGCAGGCUAGGGAGAAAAAGGCUAUGGUUGAAUCAAAUGGCAGCAGUAACUUCAACUUGGUCCAAUUGUUCAGAAGGUCCUGCUGCGUCCAAGGAAGGAAAUGAGAAGACCCAGGUCCAGCUGGGUUCAUUUUCCCUCAAAUUAGCUAUUCUCCUGCAGGCAUUAUAGAAUUUAGCAUGCAGACAUCAAUUCUCACCCAUAACUCAAUCUAUGAGGCUCCUUCUGCCAGUCACAUAUACCUUAUUUUUAUUAUAAAAUACAAGCAUUUCCAUUUUUAUGGUGAUAAUGUGAAUGUGUAAAAUAUUCAUGUACUUCUUCUAGCAGGUUUUUUUUUACUCCCAUGCAUUCCCACAAAGCAAAGUCCAAAAUUACACCCAUUCAGCUAGAAAGGUAUAAAAUGGCCAAGGGAAACGUUCCCUCAAGCCUUUGAAAAAGGUUUUGAUCUUGUGCCUCAGCAUUCCUUCAUGAGAGUGAUGACAGACUUCUGAAGAGUAAUCUUUCUUAGAGGUGACCUUGACAAAGUAUAAGCCAUGGAGAAUGGUCAGUUUGGUGCAUUUAUCUUUUCUUUCCCCUUUUUCCAACUAAGGAUACACAUUAGCUGGUAUCUGUAGAUAACUAUAUGAAUUUUAAUUAAAGAGUGCUUUUAAAUAUCUUAUGACAGACUCUUCAAGGGUUUCAAGAUGCUUGUUACUUUCAUUUUCUUAGCACAUUGGAAGAAAGAACCUUAUGUUAUGUGGUUAAUGCAUUUGUUUUCUAAAAGUGUAUUUAUCGUAACGUGUUCUCGUCAGACUGCUCAACCAUUUCUAACAGGUAUACUCUGAGAAUCAAAGCAGAUUGAUUUAAGGGCAAACAGUAGGUCCAGGUCUUCCAGAAUGUAGCUCUCAAAGCCUCCUCCUCACUAAAUCUGGCAUUCCUGAAGGAGGCCAGCUGGUGAGAAAGAACAAUCACAAGAAGAUUGUGUAUGAAGCCUCCCUAAUGGGUCUUUAUGACACUUAAGCAAAACUUUGAUGAAAAAGUAUUUGUUCACUAACUUAUUGUGAUACUUUUGAUGGCUUAUACAUAGGAGGUCUUGUUUGCUGUUUAGAAUUUCUGUGGUUAAUGACUCUGUGUCAGCCUGAGGUAGAGGCUGGUGCUAAGAAAAAGUUAUUAGUAAGUAUCUGUGCCACUGUGUCUAAAAAAAAGGCACCUCGGUUUUAAUUGUGUUUGUAUAAUUGGCCUUUUUACUAACAAGUCUUUUUUAAAGAAUGUUGAAUUUUGAAAAUUUAAUAUGCUUUUGAUGUACCCAUUAGCAAUAACUGUAGUGAUCUGUCUAUGCUAAAUGGAAUGUAUAAUAAUCAGCCAUUUUUAACAGCUCUUCCGUGUUAUAUGGCAGAAUUGCCUUAGGCUAGUCAAUGGAAUUACUUGACGGUGUUACAUUUGCAAAUGAAAAUUCAAUUUUAAUUUUACGUUUUCUUUUUUAAUAUCAAAAGUUUAAUGAACCAAUAUGUUGUCUCUGCAAAGCUUUAACACUUCUGUAAGAAUUUCCCUGCUGCAUCCAAAAUACUGACUUCCAGCUCCUCUACCUCCACAGUCUUCCAAGUAGAAAAUGAAUGAAUUUGGGGAAAUAGUUUGAUUAUCUAGUUUCAGUUCAAAUAUAGAUCUGCUUCCAUCUGAUAAAGUUAUUGUGCCAACUCCAAUUCAUCCCCAAUAAAUCUAAAGAGGGUAUGAAACACUUGGCUGCUUGUUUUCCCUAGGUGAACCCUACUGAGAUAUUCAGGGGUUUUCAAACACUCCCAAAGAUUGGUAUCUCAAAGAAGAAUAAGAUGGUGGUUGGCACACUUAAGCCUGGGUUUAUAUGGCUUGGAUUUUGAAUAAUAUAUGUUUGAGUUCUAGAAGGAUUGAAAGGAUUGAGUGUCCUUUUAUAUUUGCCAAAUUCUCUUCUCUGGAUAAUUCGUGUUUUAAAUGGGAGAGCAAAAAAGAAAGAAAGCAAAAGUCUUACUAUAAGGAUUAUGUACAUGAGUUUCUCCAAAAACAACCCAGGGGAGAGAUUCAAGGGUAACUCCUCUUUAUGUAUUGUGUAGGAAGUGUUAAAGGAGAUUAACAAACUAUUUUAAUGUAUUUCAUCUUAUAUUGCUCAUGAGAGGCAGCAUAACAUACUCGGGCCUCAUAUCCAAGAAGAUUUUGGGUUCAGGUCCUCCUGCCUCUGACACAUACUGACUACAUGACCUUGGGCAGGUCAUUUAACUUCUUCAUACUCUAGGUUACUUUCUAAGACUUUUAAGUUGUAGAGAAGAUGCUGACUUGCAUUGGUCAGAGAUAUUUCCUCACCUGGGAGCCCACUAGACUGAUGAAGUCAUAGCUAUAGACCAUAUUAUUGUUCAUGUAUUUUCAGAAUUCAAUAGCUAGAAAAUUGGGCAGGUCCUUUGGAAUGACAACUUUUGACAGAAAAAAAGGCUUGAAAUAGAAUUUUAGGAACCUUUGAGAUCAGUUUCACCUCCUCAUUCUACGGGUGAGGAAUUCUAGGUCCAGAAAAGUUAAGUGAUUUACUGGGAUAAAUAGGAGAACCUGAGUCAAGAACUCAGAGCUUUUGGCUUCUGCCACUUACUACUUGUGUGAUGAGAGACAAGCCACUUAACCUCUCUGGGAUCCAUUUAUCAUAUUAAAAAUAUCCAAUCACCUUUGCAGAAGAAUACAAGCAAAUGCUUUACUGUGAUUUCCAAGUCCCUAGUGAGGAAAAAAGGGGUCUUGGUGUAUGAACUGUGAACAACAACAAAGAGGCAGAUACAAUUUGCCAAAAACAUAAAUGGAGCCUCCAAUAAUACAGCUUUAAGAUUUCAGUAGCUCUGGGUUUUUUUCCCUUUCCAGACUUGGUAGCUAAAGCAUUUUACUACCAUAUAAUGACAUUGAGUGUUGAAGUGCCUUGUUAUACAGGCAGACAGGUUCCUUGUCUGUGGAGCAAAUAUUAACCCCAUAUUGAUUUAAAAGAACAAUAUUCUUUCAUAUAUGAAGGACAUUCUCCUUAAGUAAAUUUUUCUUGUCAUGAAACAAUGGCAAAACGUUACAUUAUAUUUAAAAUUUUGGAUAUAUUACUCAUUAUAUUCAAAAUUGGGGAUAUAUUGCACAUUACUGUAAAUUCUAUGAUUUCUGGUACUUUGCCAAGUGGACCGUUCCAUGUGUCAGCCUUUCUAAAGUCCUUCACAAUGUUAAUUAACAUACCAAUAGACUCAGGUUAGAGUAGUAAUUAGCUGAGGUUUAGGGCAGAAUUAUUACAGUUGUAUGCUGGUGGUCUGGGGGAUUUGGGGACAAAAGAAAUAGAUCUCUGCAUCACAGGGCUUUUGUUACAGUUGUGGUUUCCAUUGCCUUUAAAUCCAAAUAUCUCCUUGUAGGUUGAAGGACAAACAGUACUAUACUGGAGUAGCCGGAGAAACAUACCUUAACUCCCAGUUUAUCAGAAUGUUUAAUUAGGCACCCCUCAAUCUCUGAAUGUGUCAGGUGACAAACUUUUUAUUAUAAGAUUAUUCCACAAAUAGUUUAUAAUUUCCCUUGGCAAUCAUUUUUUUUUCUCCAAUAGGCAAUGAAGGAGGGAGCUCAGGAUUGAACAGUGAAAAUAGACCAUAAUUAGUCUUUGCAAAAGACCACUUCUUUAAUUUUUGAUCCCAAAGUCCUUAGGCAUGACUAACACUUGUCAAUAUCAUCUUUGGCCCUUUUUUAGGCAUUGGCAUUUGUAUUGAGGAAAUGCCUUCCUUCUAACAGAUUCUGUAAUUUAGCAAUUAUCAUUGUGUAAAUAUUAGCACUAGCUGUAGACUUGCUUACAUAGUUUGUCAAGUAUUUUUUGUAACUUUUAUCAUGUAAAUGUUAACUCAUUAUUUUACGUAGAAAUGAUGUUGCCCAUGUAAAUCAAGUGCCAGCUUCAGAACAGAUGAAUUAGCUGUUGACAGCUAAGGUAUGAUGUACAGAAUUGCUGGAACUUGGUUAUAUGUUUGAGCUGAAAUGGUGUAUUAUAAAAUUUAUUUCCUCCCGAUGUGGUUUUAUGUAAAUGAUUUCAUUUCUUGUAAAUGAUGUGUGCCUACCGUUUCUGUCAUUUUGCUUCCGUAUGGUAAAAUAAAAUAAUUUGUAAAGCUGGUUUCCAGCAAUUUUAAUAAGAA